UUAAACAGCCACAUCAGCACAAAAGAUUGAGCAAGAUAAGAGGCCGCGUUACCACCAGGCACCGUUUAAAAGGGCGCGUUCGGGUCCAGAGGGGGGCACUCCGCAGAGCAGCCAGACGCACGCAGACCGGCAAUCAUGACGUUCAACGGCACCUGGAAAGUCGACCACAGCGAGAACUAUGACAAGUUCAUGGAGCAGAUGGGAAUCAAUAUGGUGAAGAGGAAGCUGGCAGCCCACGACAACCUGAAAAUCACCAUUGAGCAAACUGGGGACAAGUUUCACGUGAAGGAGACCAGCACCUUCCGCACGCUGGAAAUCAACUUCACCCUGGGAGAGGUCUUCGAGUACAGCCUGGCCGAUGGAACUGAAUUGAGUGGCACCUGGGUCUUGGAAGGCGAUAUGCUCAAGGGGAAGUUCACCAGGAAAGACAAUGGAAAAGAACUGCUCACAACCAGGAUCAUUUCUGGGGAUGAGCUUGUGCAGAGCUACAACUACGAUGGUGUUGACGCCAAGAGGAUUUUCAAGAGGGGCUAAGAGACCACCACUGAAAGAUCUUUGAGGACCACAGGAAGAUGAAGAGGAGAAAGCUUAAGCAGACUUGAGAUUAUUUGAACCAAGUGCGGUGCUGUCCCAGUCUGAAGUCCUAAACAGGAUGUUCGAUCUAUUUCCUUUUCCUCUGGUUUAUGAGAAUCAUCAACACUUCCUGUAAUAUUUUUGUACUCUUUGCAGUUCUUUUACACAACAGGCUCCACUUUGCACUACAAGUUUUGAUAUUUAUAAAAAAUAAAGACACGUCUCAGCGUCA